ACUGCAGGCCUGGGAAGUAAACACUUGCCUAAAAAUGAUGGACAUAGAGCACGAGGCUUUCUGCAAGCUCCGCCGCUCCAUGCACCCCACCUCGCCAGCUGACAUCGAUCCGAAGGUCCACAGCAUCGUGGAGAAAGCUGUGAGAAGCAUUCUGGGCGAGCAGUCCAAUGAGCCCCGUAGCAACCUGCUCAGCCCAUCUCAGGUGGUGGUGGAGGUGGUGCCCAGGCUCCUCCUGGCCCUGUGGCUUCAGCCAGAGGAAGGCCAUUCAGAGCACCCAAUCCUAAUAAGCGGGAUGGCCGUGGGCAUGGUGGCGGCCGUAGUGGAGAAGCUCUCCUGCAUGUUAAAGGACCCUUCCCCUCACAUCCCUUUCUCCCGGGCUGCUGCUUUUGACUCUGUGCGGUCGAUCCUCGGGAGAAUCAGUCAGUCCUUCUCCACCGAUGACCUGCAGAGCCCUUUUUAUAUGAGCUCUGUCUAUGGCUUUGUAGCUGACGAGGUGCAGAGCUGCUUCCAGCCCCCUGCAGCCACCCUACCAGUCCCCCCUGUGCUCACGGUGGCCGUUUCCACCACACUACCAGCUGGCAUCCAAGCAGAGCCCAUCUCUUCCCUCUUGGAGGUUGUGGACGUCACACCUGAAGAAAGGACUCUCACGAUGGCCGUCUUCGCCACUCUGCCAGCUGACAUCCAAGCAGAGGAUGUUGCUGGGGUCAUCCCGGAUGUCACCCCACACGUCACCAAGGACGUAACACUGGAUGUUCCAUGCAGAGCUAGGAAAGGGGCAGUCCGGCGAUUAUUUUGCAGGCUUUGGAGGGCAGUGUGCUGCUGCGCCUGCCACAAGGAAGAGGAGGAACAAUAUUAA